AACAGGGCCCGAAACAGUCAGUGAGACCGUGGCUGGUCUGAUUUUAACUUCAACUCCGCAUUCCUCCCCACCUUGGUAAUCUUUCAGCCUCCCCACCUUGGUAAUCUUUCAGCCUCCCCACCUUGGUAAUCAGAAAUCUGUCUCCCAGGCCUUCAAAAUAUGUCAAACUCCUGCAUCCACUCUCUGCCUUUUCAAGACCAGAUUUUCAAAGAGUCUCAACCCUCCUCACCUGUGCCCGAACUGGACGACCCCACCACCCUCUUAAGUUUUUAAACAAUCUGACAGUUCCUGUUCUCACAGGGGGUGGAGUCCAGAUCAUGUAAAUUCUAAGCUGUUUUUCACACCCUAUAAAACUGCUGAGCUUCUUGCUCUGAGCUCAAAGCCAGGUAGGACUUCCCAAGGACUGGUCUCACAUUGUUUUGAAAUUCUAGCGCGGCCAAACUAUCAGUGAGUCAACUCCCAAGAUGAAAUACCUCCUGCUACUCGGAUUUGCCCUGGCUGCCUGUUUCAUGUUGGGUGAUGGUUUGCGGUGCUACCAUUGUGCGAUCUCAUUCAAUCGCUGCAUUUCUGGUGCCAGAAACUGUUCUAGUUCGGAUGAGCUUUGCUUUGAACAAGUCGGUAAAGCUGGGUCAGCGUCUGUUUAUAUCUCAGGCUGCAAAGCGCGUUCCGGAUGUAAUCAAACCUUUCAACAAAGCUUUGCGGGUUUUGAAGUGUCCCUGAAAACUCGCUGCUGUGACCGUGACCUCUGCAACAGCGGCAGCCACAUCAAGUCAUCUCUGCUUCUGAGCUCCAUCUUGGCUUGGCUUUGGAUGAUUCGGUUCCUCUGAAGCUGUGUGAGUGUGUGUGUGUGUGUGUGAGUGUGUGUGAGUGUGUGUGUGUGUGAGUGUGUGUGAGUGUGUGUGUGAG